UCAGAAGCAGAGAAAGACCUUCUUUUCAAAAAUUUGAGUGGUAGAAUACAACUUCUAAGUAAAUUACGCCAGGAAGCUCUGGAUCUGGAAAGGCAGAUGGAAGAACAAAGGCAAGAAAUGGCUGAAAAGCAGAAGGAAGUCAAGGACCUGCAAAUGGCCAUAGAUAGCCUGGAUUCCAAAGACCCAAAGCAUUCUCAUAUGAAGGCACAAAAGAGGGGUAAAGAACAACAGUUUGACAUUAUGACCAAGCAGUACAAACAACUUGAAAGCCAUUUGGAUGAAAUACUUUCUAGAAUUGCUAAGGAAACUGAAGAGAUUAAGGACCUUGAACAACAACUUACUGAAGGCCAGAUAGCAACAAAUGAAGCACUGAAGAAGGAUUUAGAAGGUGUCAUCAGUGGGUUGCAAGAAUACCUGGGGGCCAUCAAAGGCCAGGCCACUCAGGCGCAGAACGAGUGCAGGAAGCUCCAGGAUGAGAAAGAGACAUUGCUACAGAGAUUGACUGAGGUGAAGCAGGAGCGGGAUGAACUGGAAAUAGUUGCCAUGGAUGCAGAAAACAUGAGGAAGGAGCUCGCAGAGUUAGAAAGUGCCCUCCAGGAACAGCAUGAAGUGAAUGCAUCCUUGCAGCAGACCCAAGGAGAUCUCAGUGCCUAUGAGACUGAGCUAGAGGCUCAACUAAAACUAAGGGAUGCUGAAGCCAACCAGCUCAGGGAAGAGUUGGAAAAACUUACAAGGCUCACUCAGUUAGAACAAUCAGCACUUCAAGCAGAACUUGAGAAGGAAAGGAAGUCCCUCAAGAAUGCUCUUGGAAUGGUCAAGUUCUCAGAAGAAAAGGAACAAGAGAACAGUGAGCUCCACACACAGCUUAAACAGUUGCAGGAUGACAAUAACCUGUUAAAGCAGCAACUGAAAGAUUUCCAGAAUCAUCUUAACUGUGUAGUUGAUGGUUUGAUUCGUCCAGAAGAAGUGGCAGCUCGUGUGGAUGAACUAAGGAGAAAACUGAUAUUAGGAGCUGGGGAAAUGAGAAUCCAUAGUCCUUCAGAUGUCUUAGGGAAAAGUCUUGCUGAUUUACAGAAACAAUUCAAUGAGAUCCUUGCUCGCUCCCAGUGGGAAAGAGAAGAAGCGCAAGAUAGAGAGAGGAAACUCCAUGAAGAAAUGGCUCUGCAGCAAGAGACACUGGCAAAUGGACAAGAAGAAUUCAGGCAGGCCUGCGAAAGAGCUCUUGAAGCAAGAAUUAAUUUUGAUAAGAGACAACAUGAUGCAAGAAUACGGCAGCUGGAAAAUGAAAUUCAUUAUUUGCAAGAAAAUCUAAAAAGUAUGGAAGAAAUCCAAGGCCUUACAGAUCUCCAACUUCAGGAAGCUGAUGAAGAGAAGGAGAGAAUUCUGGCUCAACUUCAAGAGUUAGAGAAGAAGAAGAGACAUGAAGAUGCCAAAUCUCAGGAGCAGUUUCUUGGUUUAGAUAAUGAAUUGAAGAAUCUGAAGAAAGCUGUGGCUGCUUCUGAUAAACUAGCUACAGCUGAGCUCAUCAUUGCCAAAGACCAGCUCCAGUCCCUGCAUGGAACUGUUAUGAAAAUUAACCAGGAGCGAGCAGAGGAGUUACAGGAAGCAGAGAAGUUCAGCCGAAAGGCAGCACAAGCAGCCAGGGACCUGACCCGAGCAGAAGCGGAGAUUGAGCUCCUGCAGAAACUUCUCAGGGGGAGAGAGGAACAGUUUCCAGUUGAGAUGGAGAAAGCAGAUGUAGGUAUGGGAGGAGCAAACUCACAGGUGCUAGAAAUCAAGAAACUGAAUGAGACAAUGCAGAGGCAAAGGAUGGAGAUUACAAGACUUCGGAAUUUACUAGACCUCACUGGGGCUGACAACAAAGGAGGCUUUGAAAAUGUUUUAGAAGAAAUUGCUGAACUCCAACGGAAAGUGUCUUUUCAGAAUGAUUACAUCAGCAGCAUGGCAGAUCCUUUCAAAAGACAAGGCUAUUGGUAUUUUAUGCCACCACCACCACCAUCAUCAAAAGUUUCCAGCCAUAGCUCCCAAGCUACCAAGGACUCUGGUGUAGAUCUAAAGUACACAUCCUCAACCCCUCUUAGAAAACGAUGGCCUGGACAACAAGAAGGGAAGGAUAGCAGUGGACCUCCACCUGCCUCAGGAUACUGGAUCUAUUCGCCCUUAAGAAGCGGGUUACGUAAAUUUUUUUCAAACAGAGAUGCAGAUAGUGAUGGAGAUAGCCAGGAAGAGAAUGGGCUGGAUGACCAAGAGGAUCCCCUGUUUGUGCCUCCUCCUGGAUACAUGAUGUACACUGUGCUUCCUGAUGGUUCUCCUAUACCCCAGGGCGUGGCCCUGUAUGCACCGCCUCCUCCCUUGCCCAACAACAGUCGACCUCUCACCCCGGGCACUGUCAUUUAUGGCCCACCUCCUGCUGGAGCCCCCAUUGUGUAUGGACCUCCACCCCCCAACUUCUCUGUCCCCCUCAUCCCUAUGGGCGUUCUGCAUUGCAAUGUCCCAGAGCACCAUAACUUAGAGAAUGAAGUUUCUAGAUUAGAAGACAUAAUGCAGCAUUUAAAAUCAAAACAAGAAGAAGAAUGGUGUCUGAGAGCAUCCAAGCAAAAGUCUGAGAAAGAAGUGGAAGACUUGCAUCAUGAUAUUGAUGGCCUUUUGCAAGAGAAGAAAGAAUUAGAACUUGAAAUAGAACAAUUACAUAGAACCAUCCAGAAACAUCAACAGCGAAAGGACUUCAUUGAUGGAAAUGUUGAGGGUCUUAUGACUGAACUAGAAAUAGAAAAAUCACUCAAACACCAUGAAGAUAUUGUAGAUGAAAUUGAGUGCCUAGAAAAGACCCUUAUGAAACGGCGUGCAGAGCUCAGGGAAGCUGACCGACUCCUGGCGGAAGCAGAGAGUGAACUUUCAUGCACGAAAGAGAAGACAAAAAAUGCUGCUGAAAAGUUCACUGAUGCCAAGAGAAACUUACUACAAACCGAGUCAGAUGCUGAGGAGUUAGAAAGACGAGCUCAGGAAACUGCUGUUAACCUUGUGAAAGCUGAUCAGCAGCUAAGAUUGCUUCAGGCUGAUGCAAAGGACUUGGAGCAACACAAAAUCAAACAAGAAGAAAUUUUGAAAGAAAUAAACAAAGUUGUAGCAGCAAAAGAUGCAGACUUCCAGUGUUUAAACAAAAAGAAGGAAAAACUGACAGAAGAGCUUCAGAACCUGCAGAGAGACAUUGAGACAGCAGAACGCAAUGAGGAUCACCACCUUCAGGUCCUUCAGGAAUCUGAGACCCUCCUUCAGGCCAAGAGAGCUGAGCUGGAAAAGCUGAAAAGCCAGGUGACAAGUCAGCAGCAGGAGAUGGCUGUCUUGGAUAGGCAGUUAGUACAUAAAAAGGAAGAGUUGCAUCUACUCCAAGAAAGCAUGGUCCAGGCAAAAGCUGACCUCGAGGAAGCUCUGAGAUUGGGGGAAACUGAAGUAGCCGAGAAAUGCAGUCACAUUAGGGAAGUAAAAUCACUUCUGGAAGAACUGAGUCUUCAGAAAGGAGAACUGAAUGUCCACAUUAGUGAAAAAAAAACUCAACUUGCACUUAUAAAGCAGGAAAUUGAAAAAGAGGAAGAAAAUCUUCAGGUAGUUUUACAGCAGAUGUCUAAACAUAAAACUGAACUAAAGAAUAUUCUGGACAUACUGCAACUUGAAAACAAUGAGCUGCAAGGCUUGAAGUUUCAACAUGGUCAGAAAGUGUCAGAGUUAGAGAAGACUCAGGUUGAAGUGCUAGAGGAGAAACUGGAGUUAGAGCAUUUGCAGCAGACAACUCAGCAACAGAAAGAGGAAGUAGAGUGGCAGAAGCAGCUUCUUGAGAGGGACAAACGGGAAAUAGAGCGAAUGACUGCUGAGAUGCACGCAUUACAGUCAUGUGUUGAGUGUUUGAGCAAAGAAAAGGAAGAUCUCCGACAGAAAUGUGACAUCUGGGAAAAUAAAUUAUCUCAAACCAAAAGGGUUUUAGCAACUACAGAAGAAAACAGCAAAAUGGAACAAUCAAACUUAGAAAAGUUGGGAUCGAAUGUCAGAAAACUUCAGCAAGAACUAGACCAACUAAACCAAGACAAGCUCUCACUGCACAGUGACAUCUCAGCAAUGCAGCAGCAGCUGCAAGAAAAGCGAGAAGCAGUGAACUCACUACAGGAGGAACUAGCUAAUAUCCAAGACCAUUUGAGCCUAGCAAAGCAGGACCUGCUUCACACCACCACACGUCAGAAUGUACUGCUUAGUGAGCAGACCCAGCUCCAGAUGAAUAUCAGUGAAUGGAUAGAGAGGUUUGAGAACUGUCAGAAAGAAACAGAGUCAAAACAACAACAGCUUCAAGUGCUUCAGGAUGAGAUCAAAGAAAACAAGCUCAAGCUAGACCAGCAAGAAAUGAUGUUUCAAAGACUCCAGAAAGAGAGAGAAAGUGAAGAAAAAAAAUUAGAAGACAGUAAAGUGACACUGAAGGAGCAGCAGGAGCAGCUGGAAAAAGAAUUGAUAGACCAGAAAAGCAAACUGGACCAGGUGCUCACACAGGUAUCCGAGGCCGAAGAGCGUGUCAAGACUCUACAGGAGGAGGAGAGGAAUGGGGAGACUCUGGAGAAGACACUCUCCCAGGCCAAACAGAGGCUGUCAGAGCAGGAGCAGCAGUUAAUGGAAAAGUCACGUGAGCUGCUGGCCCUCCAAAAAGAGACAGAUGCCAUGAGGGCAGACUUCAGCCUGCUGCGGAACCAGUUCUUGACUGAAAGAAAGAAAGCUGAGAAGCAGGUGGCCAGUCUGAAGGAAGCACUUAGGACCCAGCGGAACCAGCUAGAGAAAAAUCUUCUUGAGCAAAAACAGGAGAACAGCUGCAUGCAAAAGGAAAUGGCAACAAUUGAACUGGUAGCCCAGGACAACCAUGAGCGGGCCAGGCGUCUAAUGAAGGAACUCAAUCAGAUGCAGUCUGAGUACCUAGAGCUCAAGAAACAGAUGGCAAACCAAAAAGAUCUGGAGAGAAGACAGAUGGAAAUCAGUGAUGCUAUGAGGACACUUAAGUCUGAGGUUAAAGAUGAAAUCAGAACCAGCCUGAAGAAUCUCAACCAGUAUCUUCCAGAACUACCAGCAGAUCUAGCAGCUAUUCUGGAUAGAAAUGAAAACCUAGGACCUGAGUUGGAAAGCUUGAAAGAGAACUUUCCAUUCACCACAAAUGAUAGACCUUUUGAAGAAAAACUGACCUUUCCCCAAGGUCACAUAAUGGAUAAGCACUGGCAUGGAGAAGCACUCCGGGAGAGACUGCGUCACCGCGAAGAUCGACUCAAGGUUAUCUUUUUUUUUUUUUGAAAAAAAAAGUAAAAUAGUUGGUGCUUUGGGGAGAGUGAGAGGAAAAUUCUCACAUUCAUGUGCUACCUCCACUGUAUUGCAGCACUCAGAGCAGCUUAUAGAUCACACAGUAGAAGCUCACAGAGAAGGUGACAUUACACUGCUAGUAAAUGGCCCUAUUCAAAACCAUAAAUUUGUGAGCUGUUGGAGUGGUUUAACUGGUAGAGUGCCUGCCUAGCAAGUGUGAGGCUGAGUUCAAACCCAAGCAAGACAAAAAAAAAAAAAACAUGAGUUGAAUUUUGGUAUGUUAAGU